AUGACGUUCGAAUGGAUCGAAAUGAAAAAAGAUUUGGCGAAGAAAGUCGUCGAAAAAGGACAUCAAGGAAAGCGGCCGCGAUUUUGGAGUCAAAUUGAUGGGAAAGUAAUUAAAUUUCAACCUGGCACAGAGGAAGGGAACCCAAUAGCGGAUACAACGGAAGAGCUUUCCAUGUUCCGUAUCGGCGUUGCCCAUGAUGAGUGGUCUCGGAUUCUUGAACUGUGUUUACAGCUGAUGGACGAACGCGAAGUGAGCCUAUUCCGCACCAAGACACGUGAAGGAGAAUGCAUUACAUUCGAACUUCAUCUUAUUAGUAUAAUUUCACAGGCAUCACCUAUUCCGUGUUGGGAAGUGUCGGAAGUUAUUCAAGUUAGCAAACAGUUAAAAGAGCAGGGUAUUACCCUUCAUCGUGAUAAAAAGACUAUUGAUUCGUUCUACGUUUUUGCACGAGCAUUAAAAUUGUUGAUUCCAUUAGAAGUUCGACUUAUCAAACAACUGACUGACAAUCGGGAAAACAAAGAUGAAGAAGCCGAAGUUUUAAAGAAAGACGUCACUGCAUUAGUGGCUUCUAUUUAUAACAAUUUAGCUGCAUGUCAAUUAGUGGAAGCUAAUUACCGUCAUGUUCUUCAUCUGUGUGAUCAAGUGUUGGAGCGGGCUCCAUCCGACCCAAAAGCCAUCUAUAGAAAAGCUUCUGCUCUUCUAGGUUUGAGGCAGUUUCAAGAUUCAUUAGAAAUGGUUAAAAUGGGACUUGUUCUGGAUCCUUCUAAUAAGGCAAUGCAGAGUUUGGAAAAAAAGGCCAAUAAUUAUUGCAUUCAGCAGAGAAAUGAGUUUGCAAAAGGAAUGAAAAAGUUUUUUCACUGAAUCUUGUAAUUAGAUGGACACCAUUGGAUUUGGCAACAACAAUCUUUAAAUUUUUUGUUUCUUCUUCUUCUUUGUUUCUUUGUAUUGGUUGUCAUCAGUGAUUUCUUGUUUUGGUUUCUUUGGUGAUUUUUUCAGACCCCUCUCAACUGGUUUAGGUCUCUUCUCUCCCCUGGCUUGAGCCAAUACAUCUUCCAAUUCUAUUAAGUGUGUUUCAGAAUAUCAAUAAAACUGUUGAAAAAAGUG